AUGUUUGACAAGCAUCCGUUUGCAAUAAUUACGGAUCAAGAUAAAGCUAUUGUGAAUGCCAUCAAAAAAGAAUUUCCAAACACUCGACAUCGUUAUUGUUCAUGGCACAUCAACAAACAUGAGCUUGAACAUCUUCCAUCCCUUAAAGCCCGUUAUCCCGGUAUUGAAGAAUUUUAUAGAGAAUGGGUGAAGAGUGACACUGUUGAAGAGUUUGAAACUAGGUGGAAAGUUAUGAGUUGUCAAUAUAAGUUUGAAAGUAGAAGUUGGAUAAUGGAUAUGUAUACACAACGUCAUCAUUGGGCCGAAGUCUUUUUAAAAGACUGUUUUUUUGCUGGUAUGACAACUAGUGGGAGAAGCGAGAGUAUUCAUUCUUUUUUUGAUGGAUAUGUUACUUCAAAUACCAUGUUGAAUGAGUUUGUAGUCCAGUAUGACAACGCUGUUAAGAGUCGAAGAAAGGCCGAAGAAGAUGAAGAUUUCAGGACCAUAAACUCUAGGCCAGUUCUGUCAUCUCUAAAUCCAAUAGAAGCAAAAGCAGGUAUACGUUAUACUAGUAAUAUAUUUGAAGAUUUUCAAAAAGAAUGGAUACAAGCGACUAACAAUUUAGCUCAUGAAACUUUGACUAAAAAUGUUGAAGAGAUCAUAUAUAAGGUUGGCCAACUGGAUAUUGAGAAAAGGUAUUGGAGGACGGUUACUUUUCGUCUUUCAAGUAAAGUAGAUGUCACAUGUUCAUGUGCCAAGUUUGAAACUUAUGGAAUGUUGUGUAAACAUAUCUUAUAUGUGUUAAAGAAGAAGCAUAUUGAAACACUUCCGGAUCAUUAUAUUUUGCCUAGGUGGACACUUGAUACUAGGUAUAAGGAGGAUAGUUGUAGCAUCAGAAUGGAAGAUAUAGAUAGGGAAAGUGCAGUUAGCGCCUUAACGUUAUGGUGUGUUAAAUCAAACUCUAUGAAAGCAAUUGAACAAGCAAAAGACUCUCUAUCUGAGAUAAAGAAACUAAAUACUUUGUUGCUGAAUUUUCUGGAAGCACAAACAAAGCGAAAAGCAUCCAAAGAGACUGAUAACCGACCCCAAGAUUCUAAUGUGGAGAUUUCAGUAGUAGACAUGAUGCCUCAAAUAUCUAUUCGGGAUCCCUCUCUUCCGGCUGUUACUAAAGGACGUCCUAGAAAAGCAUGUAGAAUCAAAUCAUCUUUGGAAGCACCUAAAAAGAAAACUUGUUCUUAUUGCAAGACAUUGGGUCAUUACAUUACUGGAUGUCCAACAAAGAAGGCGGAUGAUGCAUUGCUACAAAAAAAGGGAAGGAUGGCAUGCUAA